CUCUGCUCCAUUUUCGACAGAGAGCGUCUUGCAUUGCAAAAAGUGCUUUGGCUUGAGAAAAAUUCGAGGGGAAAAAGUGAAUUUUGGGCAAUUUGGACGAGAUGGAAGAGAAACCCAAUACGAAGGAUUUGAAGGUGGAGCUGAAGAGUAUGCGAAUCUGUCGGUUCUGCCUCAAUCGCAAUGAGCCCCUUUCGAAUAUUUAUUCCAUUGAAAAUCGCCUAAAUCGGUCGGUGCCGCUGCCGCUGCAAAUUAUGGCGUGCGUCGCAAUCGAGGUUUUCGUCAACGACGGGAUGCCGGCGUGGAUUUGCGAGGGAUGUCGUGUCUUCAUGGAGCAUUGGUAUCGUUUCAAGCAGAUCUGCAAAAAAUCCGAUACUCAUCUCAGGCAAUUUCACCUUACUGGGGAUCUUCCGGAACGCAUUGAUUUACCCCUUUUACCGGCUGAAUUCCACAAGGCUCUGGGGAAGCAGCAACCACCCCCACAUUCCUCCCCAUCGACAUCAUCGGUUACAGUGAUGUCCCAACCUGUACAGCAGCAGACUAUUAAACGUCCCCGGCAAGGUCCACAGAUAAUCUCCCAGGUGACACUGAAGAAGCCCAAGAUGGAAUUUGUUGAUGUGGCUGCAAUUGGGAACACCGUGACUGUGGCUAAUCCACCAAAGCUCCUCAACAAGUCACCGAGAAUCCUCAAUAGACCUCCGGGGAGGAUUGUGCCCGUGCUGAGUGAACCCAUCAUUAAGACAAAUGAAGCUGGAACAGUGGAGAUCAUUACGGAAGUUCUGGACAACAUGGAGACAUACAAUGAACCCGAUCCCAUUAAGUAUGCUCCUCCCGUGGAGACAAAUGUCUUUCCGUGUCCACACUGUGAACGUUCCUUCCCACUGCGCCAAUUACUUGACAUCCAUGUGAAGAAUCAUACAAGGGAGCGUGGCUAUGAGUGUGCUGUGUGCGAGAAGAGAUUCUUCAGCAAGUACGACUUGGGGAAGCAUAUGCUGACCCACACAGGAGAGCGUCCGUAUCAGUGUGUUGUGUGCCAGAGAAGCUUCAGCCGUUCCACACUGCUGCAUCGUCACGAGAAGAUCCACACGGACACACCGAAGUACCUCUGUGGCUACUGCGAGCGUCCCUUUCUGUCCGUGGCAGAGCUGGAGAAGCACUCAGAGAAGCACCGGAAGAAUCGUCCAUUCCACUGCAAGGAGUGCGACAAGAGUUUUGCCUUCAAGCAAGGCCUGGAACGUCACGAGGUUGUCCAUGCAAAGAAUCAACCCCAUCCGUGUGAGUAUUGCGACAAGAGUUUCAGCACACCGAGUAAAUUAGCGCGUCACCUCACUGCUCAUGCUGGCCAUCGACCCUUCCCCUGCAAGCUCUGCCCCAAAUCCUACGUCCUCAGUCAUCACUUAACGCGCCACAUGCGCUCCCACGCCCAGAGUGUGGCCACGUACAAUUGCUUCGAUUGCGGCGUGACAUUCAGUACACGCGAUGAGCUGAUCUACCAUUCAGCCGUGCACGCCACGCAGAGUCUCGUCUGCCCACUGUGCAAGGAACAAUUUGGGGAUCUCGAUGAGGUGACGGAGCACAUAAAGAGCCAUACCGAAGGGGAUCAGUAUGCGUGUGAAUUUUGCGAUUUAAUCUUCACCACAGAAGGGAAACUCGAUGAGCACACAAAUAGUCAACAUUUUGAGGAUCAGCAGAAGUAUGGGCCGAGCAUAAAGCAGGAUGAGGAUGAGCAGGCCCCAGAGGAGUAUGUUGUUCCGGAAGAAAAUAUCUCAAACAUUGAGACUGUUGUGAAGGAGGAGAAACCCGAUAGGGUGGUCAAGACAACACCCACAAUGAUCAAGUGUACGUACGGCAAAGGUCCGCAGAAGAAGGCGCAGGAAGCAAAGGCGGCAAAAGCAGCGAAGGAAGCGAAGGAAGCACGUCAGAGGGAGGAGGAAAAGGCAGAAAUCCGUCGAUCAGCUCGUCCGGCAAAGGUGCAAAACUACGCGACAAUGUCAGAAGUGAAGCUGGACGAUGAGGAUGAAGAAUUCAUGAGAGAAGCCAUGGCUGAGGAGGACUUUUCACCCGAUGAUGAGAACUACAAGACCGAAGAUGAGCCAGAAGAUGACGAUGAACCCCCACAGAGCAUCAAAAGAAAGUCCCCACGUUCAGCUCCGACAAAACACACUCCGAAACCACAAUCAAAUAUGACUCAACAGAAGAUUUCCGAUAUGCUCCGUGAGGCUGGAAAGAAGCCUCAGAGUCAGGCGGUGCAGGAUACACUGCGGAGUCUUCCGCGUGGUGUGACGGUGACAAAGAAGGAGACACCAAAAGAGAGUCCAAAGGAGAAGCCCACGUCUGCGGUAAAUUCCGCAAAGAAACUCCCCGUGAAGGUGGAGAAAAAGAGCCCAGCAGGGGCUGUGAAGUCCCAACAGGAAAAGCCCAAAGAGAGACCAGCAGAGCGUAGGCCCCAGAAGAGUAGCCCGGAAGAGCAGCCAAAGCAGAAAACGGCUGAAAUAAAGAUUGGAGAUCGAAUUUUGAAAGUUAAGAAAGUGGUUAUGAUGAAGAAGGGCGAUUCUCCGGCUCCAUCAACAUCCCGCGCUGGAAAGUAAGUCAAAAUCUUCUCAUCCAACUGGAACUUAUUAAAUUAACAAAAAGGAGACUUUAGGAGCUCAGCAAAUACCCUAUAUCGGUACUACCGAUAUAGACUACCGAUAUAGAGUACCGACAUAGCGUGACGCGUGCUGAAUCCGCCUACAGAACUCCUUCCGGAAACGUCGGCAGGAAACCCGCGUCUUAAUCCAGCCGAAUUAAAACUACUAUCUCCGGAGCUUUCAACGCAGUUUGCGCGUGUUUCUCAGCGGUCAGUAAAGUCUAUUAAUGUUGGUAUAUGGAAGGGCUUUAAAUUAAUCCCCUAAUUGUAUAGAAUUAUCAUCCUUUCGGAAACCCUUAAAGAUUUCCAAGGAAUUUCCUUUUAAACAUAUUUUUCCUUUCCUUUAAAUGAAUUCAAAAAUUCCCCUUUUAAAGCUUUUUAAUCUUAAAAGUAUCUAUAUGGCGUCUACAUUGUGUAAUUGUCACUAAGAGAAUCUUUGAGAAAUAAAGUAAAUCACAUUUAUGCCGUAA